UUUGAUUUUGUAUUUUUAUUUCUUUAGGCUAAAUUUAUGCCCAACACCAAUGACAGUAUCAUUGUCACGUGUGCCCGUGAUGGACAGGUACAGUCUCCUGUUUUAUUUAUUGUUCACUAUAAGUGUAAAUUGUAUACUUGAGAAAGCUUUCUCGGACCCGUAUCUUUUGUAUCGGAUUUUUGGGUUAAAAGAUUGUCUUUGAGGGCAGGGUUCGCAUGGGUACUGAGUCAUUAAGAGGACGACCCCAGUAAUAUUCUGUGUUUCUUUGCGAUCUUUCAUGUAGGAGUUGAACCCAUAAUUGCCCUCCUGGCUCGCCUAUAGUGUCCGCCACUGUGCAAAGGUUUCUAUAUUUGUUUUAUGAUGUAGGUCCGUGCAGGGUACUUGUCCUCAAUUGGGUCAUGUAAUGGAACAAAACCUCUUGCCCAACACAGAGAUGGAGCGCACAAGGUAACACAUAAGCCCGUUGUUUUUUGGUAGAUUAUAAAAGAAUGUUUUUAAAAUUAAACGGUCGAAGGCUGUGUCUUUCAGUUCGCAUCGUUGAGUAUUACGGCUGGGGAGACGAGCUUGUUUUGCUCGACCAAAAGGGCGUGGCCGAAGUCGGGCCCGACGGACGAAUCAACGUGGCAAAAGUCGAAACUGAAAGUUGAGUUAUAAGAGGAAGUACUUCAUGUUGUGCAGUUAUAGUUAACCCGUUUCCAGUCGCGUUUUGAAGUUUUCAUGCUCACCCAGAUAUAGCAGGCAUACUUUUCGUAAGUUUUUUUCUCUCUAUCUAUCUGCCAAUUUGCCCACAUUUCAUUAAAUAUAAAUCAGGGUUUUUUCAAAACUUGUAUGGAUAUACCCGUCGAGAUCAGUCUAACAGAGGUUGAUGGUUUCACACCAGCCCCCAACACACGCCCCUGUCAGUCUCAUAGCUACCCACAACAUAGUUUGAGAUCACAUUGAGCUGUAUAGCUUUCAAGAUAGCAAAUGCCCACCACAUGCCUGUCGCAGGUUCUUUGAAAGAAAUUUUACCGUCGGUUGUCUAUUCUUUGUUUGAUAAUAGCUAAGUAUCGAACCUGGUUCACCAAAUAUUUUACUAUCAUGUGGAGAAGAUGGCCAAAUCAUUGAGGUUGAUUUACGAAUAGAUGAAGGAAAUAGGUAUAACACAUAAAUAGUAGAAUGUGUCUCCAUAAAUAAACCCGUCUGGGAGUCUUUUGGCAUGUUGCGUAUAUAUAUCAUGCAGGGAAUCUUAAUUCCUGAUCAGUAUAUAUACUUAUAUAAUUUCUACUCCACAUACCUAUAGUUCUUUUUCAUAAUGGUCAUAAAAGCAUUUAGCAGCUGUGUGCAGGAUAUUGUUCUUAUUUUUCUGACUUGUAUUAAGGUGGCUCGAUAUAGUUAUCACAAAAAUCCUGCUCAAGAAUCGCGAACAAAACCGGGUGACCAUUUUUACGCGCAAGUCGCGGAAACUGCUUAACAAAAUGAAAGAACUUCCAAAAUGACCUGACGUGAGCAGUUGCUCGCGCCAUCUCACGUCAUUGCGCGUGUUCUAUAGCGUUUUAUGCCAAUUGCUGACGUAUUUAGAAUUUUCCAUUUUAGAAAAACAAUGUUCAAAUUUUUCAUGCUGUAUUGCACCGCUAAAACAUGCAAGAAAUGAAAAAAACAUGCAAAAAAUAAAAAAAUUCUGUAACACCAAAAACAUUUUAGCGAAGAAUACGACAUUUUCGCAUUUUUCAAAAGAAUGGCAUUUCCAUGCAAGUAAAAUAAUGCACAAAACAGAUUGGGGGUCACCAUGCUUCUUUCCCAACUAUACGAGACGAUGGGCCAUUUUGGAGUGAAUUUCGUACCCGCGUAUGUCGUUAUAACAACGAACUAUCUGUUACUAAAACUAAUAUAAUUUGAAAGUAGAGAUAUCAAAAUAUGUAUUUUGAUAUCUCUACUUUCAAAUUAUUCAAAAAACCCAAUAUCUGCUGAAUAAAUCCUAAAAAUGCGUAGUUUGAACAUGACAAAUUGUUGAACACCUGAAUUUUUGAAAAGUGUGUCGAGCCACCUUAAGCUUGCACGGACAUUAAGAGCUCUUUUCCACUCAUCGCAAAACCAUUUUGCAACCUCGCUGCGAGUGCUUGCAUCUAAUUAAAGUAAACUGUCGAGCAUUGUGACUGAUAAAAUUGAGUAUUUACAGCGAGCUUGGGAGUGGGUUUUUACGAUUGGUGGAAAAGUGAACUUUUCUCAAUUUUGAGAAACUACAAACUCUACAAACUUAUCGAUAUUUUUCUCCUAUAUCGCACCACCGAGUGCAUUACACAUGCAUGUACUAUGUCUAUAUGGUGCAUCCAAAUGCGGACAAAGUAUUUCAAUGGAAACUUGCAUGUUAGACUAAAUUUUAAAUGUAAAGAAAAGGGAAUAAAAAACACAGCUAAAAAGAACACAAUGAAAUUAGUAAAAUCGCAAAAUUUGGUUGCGAAAUGUUGUAAAGCUUGGAAAAUAUAGUCUUGCAAAGUUUGCACAUUUUGUAUAUAUGUUUGUAUUACUUGCGGAAAUUGUUACCAUUUUCGGCUAAAAAAUGGUAACAAUUUCCGCACGUAAUACAAACAUAUACAAAAUAUGCAAACUUCGCAAGGCUAUAUUUUCCGUAUUUUACAACAUUUCGUAACCAAAUUUUGCAAUUUUACUAAUUUUAAUAAGUUCUUUACGGGAAUUUACUUUUUUGCCUAGAUCAAAAAUUAGUCUAACAUGCAAGUUGUCUAUUUAUGUACAGCAUAUUGAUACCAUUGAAUGCGAGUCAUUUCUUCACUUUUUUGUUUUGUAUAUACAGAAUGCUUCUCUGUCGUAAUGAAAAGAACGCAAGAAUUCCUCUGUAUUCGAUAUUUAUUAAUCCUGCUAAACACGAAGAAUUUGCCGUUGGUGGUAGAGACCACAGGUGUAGGUAAGACAGUGUAUAUUAUUUACUAUACCUGCAGGGCUAUUUUACUAAUCUCGAGUACUAGUAUACUCACCUCGCCCUGCAUGAAAUUCUUUGUAUUUGAUGUACAUUGACUGCAAGACAAUAGAGCAAGAAGAAUGCACCUCUAUAGGUGGUAGGAACUUUAAUACGCAUGCAGUAUAUUAUCCAUUUACUCGUCACUAUUGCCUAUUGGCGUUUCGUAUAUGACUCAGUUACUUAACGCAAAGCGAAAAGUAAAUUGUGAGCAGAUCAGUGUUGAACUGGGAACAAAGGUCGAGGAUUUUUACCUGCUUGAAUAGUUGUUAUAUUCAUCUUCCCAUAAGAAAAUUUCUCUCUUUGCUCAUCACAUAGCAAUGAAAUCAUACAGUGGUCAUUAGCCAAUGUAAAUCAGUAAAUCACUUCUGCUGCAUGGUUAUUGCGUGCAUAUACCAUUCAACUCUCUGAUCAGGUUGCAUGCCGAUUCUUACAAUAUACAAUUUCCAGGCAUAGCGGGGUUUUUUCCUGCAUAACCUUCACGGGACGUGUUGCUAAUGGUGUAUACAAUAUUUAUUUGGUAUAUAUUUACUUCAGUUACUUAAUGUUUUGUUUUGCAGAGUUUAUGAUCGAAGAUAUAUACAAGAGGUAACGUGUCGAAAAAUCAAGUAAAAAAUAUAGAGUAAAAUUAUUCAUAUGCACGUUUGUACAAAAUUAUUCGUAUGGAUAUUUACAACAACGCGUGUAUGGUGAAACCAGAAACCAGGAAUUUUUUAAAAAAAUAAUAAUAACAAUUAUAGCCGCCUGUGUAGGCUUUUUUCUCAAAGGAUAUAGAGGUAUAGUAAUUUACUUAGCGACAUGCAUGUAUAUCCGCCAGUGUUCCCCUGUGGGCCUUUUUAGGCUAUUUACACUUUUCAUUCCCACAAAACAUCCACGUAAGGUCAUCACUUUCCUUGUGGUUUCCGUACCAAAAAUUGUGCCUGGGUUUCACUGGCUGGUAAUUUCGCCCCAGUAUUCUAUAGGGUGGAGAAAUUAUCACCAUUGCCCAACAAGGCGUGGGCCUAUAUGCAUUUCGGUAAGUUGAAGGAGGCUAAUGGUUCACUGUAGCUCAUUGUUUUACCAUUCAGAACAUCAAACAAAAAGUACAAGCUGUCAAAGAAUAUUAUCCAACUGAAUUUGUACGUAUAUAUUUAAUUUUGUUUGGUUUGUCUUAAUUUUUCUGUAGCAGUUUCAAUAUAUGUUAAUGUGUAUCGGUAGAUGUAAUUUGCAAAAUGUAGAACGUCUGAUGCGAACAUCGAGCUUGAUAUUUAAAAAUUAACUUUUGCAACCACAGCCACGCCCUCUUGAAGUCAAAGUAUACGAUAGUCUAUAUCCAGGGUUUUUGCUGACGUUGUCGGUAAACGUGCACUGUAGAUUGUAAGAAUAACUAAAAUAGCCUAAAACUAGGAGUAUAAAACCGAGCAAAUUAUACAGUCAUUUUGCACAGUUAUAUACGUUACUAAGAAAGUGUUGUAUCGCUACACAACAAAAACAGUUUUUGAUAUGCCUUUCCUUGCCGGCUGGCCACUAUAUCCCUAGGCUCAUGACGUACUUGCCAUGGAAAUCACGAAAUGCGUGGCCAAAAUGCAUUGACGAAGUGCAUCAUUGGGCAUUUAUGUUAAUUAGUUCAAUUAAUUUUUUCCAUCAUUUUUUUUCGAUCUAUAUAUAUGUAGCUGGGCUAGUCUUUUGCAGAGAGAGUUGUUAUAAAAAUGACUAGAAUUAAAUAUUUAGUUAUAGUUAGUUAUAGUCUAUAAAGAAUUGCCGUUUUCGUUUACUGACAGGAAAACGAAGAUGCCUUCAUCAACAUCACUUGCCUGGUGUACUCUCACGAUGGUUCAG